AUGAGAGGGUCAGCUAAGCUGCUUACAGCCUGCCCCGUGCACAGUGACUCGGAUUCAGAGCCGGAGUUUUCUUCCCUCUCUCCCUCCAUCCCGAGCGCCAUCCCUGUGACGGGAGAAUCCUACUGCAACUGCGAGAACCAGAGCGAGGCUCCCUACUGCUCCAGCCUCCAUGCCGUGCACCGCGUCAAGGACUGCCAGUGCGGCGAGGAGGACGAGUAUUUUGACUGGGUGUGGGACGACCUGAACAAGUCGACGGCCACGCUGCUGACCUGCGACAACCGCAAGGUGAACUUCCACAUGGAGUACAGCUGCGGCACGGCGGCGAUCCGGGGCAACAAAGAGCUGGCAGAUGGGCAGCACUUCUGGGAGAUCAAGAUGACCUCCCCAGUCUAUGGCACAGACAUGAUGGUAGGAAUUGGCACGUCGGAUGUGAAUCUGGACAAGUACCGGCACACUUUCUGCAGUCUGCUGGGCAAGGAUGAAGACAGCUGGGGACUUUCCUACACAGGACUGUUGCAUCACAAGGGAGACAAUACAAACUUCUCCUCAAGGUUUGGCCAGGGCUCCAUCAUUGGGGUGCACUUGGACACGUGGCAUGGGACACUCACGUUCUUCAAAAACCGCAAGUGCAUAGGGGUUGCAGCUACCAAGCUGCAGAACAAGAAGUUCUACCCCAUGGUGUGCUCGACAGCAGCCAAGAGCAGCAUGAAGGUGAUCCGCUCCUGCGCCAGCUGCACGUCCCUCCAGUACCUCUGCUGCUACCGCCUGCGCCAGCUCCUGCCUAACUAUGUGGACACACUGGAGGUGCUGCCAUUGCCACCAGGACUCAAGCAAGUGCUACAUAACAAACUUGGGUGGGUCUUGAGCAUGAACUAUAGCACGCUGAAGCCUUCCUCCUCCUCAUCGGGAAGCGACUCGGAUAGCUCCUGUGGCUCAGAUGCAGAGGCCUGCCAAAGGAAGAGGUGCAGGAGGACAUGAAGUCUCUUCAGACGAACUGCCUUGAAGGGGUCGGGUGGGGUUUUGUUCUGCUGCCUGCAAGGGCAGAGUCCAGGCCUGAUGCACCUCUUUCUUCAUGGGGACAUCAGUUUCUACUUGUUCGCAAAGAUUUCUCUUAUGCUGUUUGAAAUCUUUAUGCUAAACAUCCAUCACUUGCAUUGAAAAUAUCUGUUGAUUCGAAGAGGUCCCAUCUCUGUGGAACAGACAAACCACAGCCAAAUGUCUGAGCUUAAUGUCCUGCCUUGAUAGUCAUCGCCUCUUUAUGAAGAAUCUUUCUUCUCUGUAGACUGUUCAGCAGAGACAAGAC